AUGCUUGACAUGCUUUGUACAUUUUUUUUGGUUUAUAUCUUGUAUAUCUACGUACCUGGUGGUCUUAUUUUUACGCUAAUGUCGACUGGAAUCACUAUAACGAAGAAAGAUGUGCCAAAAGAAAAGACUAGAAAAGCCAUCGACGAUGAAGAAUUUGAAGAGUUCCCCGUACAAGAAUGGGCGGAACGAACCGAUGAUGCUGAUGAUGAAGAAAUGAACGUGUGGGAGGACAACUGGGAUGAUGAGACUCAUGAGAGCGAUUUCUCUAAGCAAUUGAAAGAAGAGUUGACGAAGAGUGGUCAGAUUGUUUCGUGA